UUUCUUUUAAUUUGGUAGCUCUUUAUAAAUUGCUGCACCUGCCACAGCCAGCCCACUCUGAUCCUCUCUAGGGUUUCUUUCCUCCCAACAACGCUGUCGGUUUUGCAUCUCUCCGCCACAAUGAAGCUCACCGUCAAGACACUGAAAGGCAGCCAUUUCGAAAUUAAGGUUCAACCCACCGACACUGUAAUGGGUGUAAAGAAGAAUAUCGAAGACGUGCAAGGAAAAGACAAUUACCCAUGUGGACAACAAUUGUUGAUUCAUAAUGGGAAAGUCUUGAAAGAUGAGACUACUUUAGUUGAUAAUAAGGUUACCGAAGAUGGUUUUCUUGUUGUCAUGCUUAGCAAGAGUAAAACAGCCGCAGCUGGGACUUCAUCCACCCAACCUGUUUCUACACCACCUACCACCACACCAACUUCAAAUUCGACUCCUGAUGCUCCCGCACCUGAUGCUCAAGCACCGGCCUCAAAGAGUGCAUCUGCUUCUGACACAGCAACAGCCAAUGCACAGAGUGAUACCUAUGGUCAAGCUGCUUCCAAUUUAGUUGCUGGCAGUAGUUUGGAGCAGACUAUUCAGCAAAUAAUGGAUAUAGGUGGUGGAAACUGGGACAAAGAAACAGUUACUCGUGCACUUCGAGCUGCCUAUAAUAACCCAGAGCGGGCAGUGGACUACUUGUACUCUGGCAUUCCAGAAACAGCAGAAGUUGCUGUCCCAGUGGCUCGGUUUCCCGCAGAUCAGGGCAUUGAAACAGGUGCAGCUCCGGCAGCACCUGCACUUGCACCAGGAGGACCUAAUUCUUCUCCAUUGAAUAUGUUUCCUGAGACACUUUCUGGUGGUGGAGGCGACGCUGGCCUCGUACUUGGCUCUCUUGAUUUCCUUAGAAACAAUCAACAAUUUCAAGCAUUGCGUUCAAUGGUUCAAGCAAAUCCACAAAUCUUGCAGCCCAUGCUCCAGGAGCUUGGAAAGCAAAACCCCCAGCUUUUAAGAAUGAUUCAAGAGCAUAAUGCAGAGUUUCUUCAGUUAAUAAAUGAACCUCUUGAUGGUUCUGAAGGGGAUAUAUUCGAUCAACCUGACCAAGAUAUGCCUCAUGCUAUCAAUGUGACCCCAGCUGAACAAGAGGCUAUUGAACGGCUUGUGGCAAUGGGAUUCGAUAGAGCCCUUGUCAUUGAGGCAUUUUUGGCUUGUGAUCGCAACGAGGAGCUGGCAGCCAACUAUCUACUGGAAAAUGGUGCAGAUUUUGAAGAUUGAUUUGUAGUUUUGAUUUUAUAUAAGGGUCCUUGUCCUUGUGAUAAACUUUAGUUUGGUAGUGUUUGGUUUACUUUAUAGUUUCUAACUAUGAAUCCUGAAAAUUAAUUUUGAUAAUGGGUUUUGGAAUGGCGUUUGAUAAAA